AUGGGAUUGAUUUCUGGUAUGUUUAUGGGAGCUUUAUUUGGGAUUUCAAUCAUGGCGAGUUGGCGUUAUAUGAUGAGGCGUCGAAGCAGAAAUCGUGCUGCAAAGGCAGCGGACAUAAAGCUCCUUGGAUCGCUUGAUAGAGAAGAUCUAAAGAAACUUUGUGGUGAUGACUUUCCUCAAUGGAUAUCGUUCCCUGUUUAUGAGCAGGCGAAAUGGCUGAACAAACAACUGAGCAAACUGUGGCCAUAUGUUGCAGAAGCCACUAGUAUAAUAAUUAAAGAAUCUGUGGAACCCAUAUUGGAAGAAUACCGUCCAUCGGGAAUUUCGGCUUUAAAGUUCAGCAAACUGUCUCUCGGAAAUGUAGCGCCAAAGAUUGAAGGCAUCCGCAUUCAAAGCCUUAAGGAAGGUCAAAUAACAAUGGAUAUGGAUUUCCGAUGGGGUGGAAAUCCAGAUAUUGUUUUAGGAGUCGACACAGGUGUUGCUUCGUUACCUAUUCAGUUGAAGGAUCUUCAAGUUUUUACUAUUAUCCGAGUUAUUUUCCAACUUUGUGAGGAAAUUCCUUGCAUUUCCGCCGUUGUUGUGGCUUUACUCUCUGAGCCAAAGCCGAGAUUCGAUUAUACGGUCAAGGCCAUUGGCGGAAGUUUAACAGCCAUUCCUGGACUAUCAGAUAUGAUUGAAGAUACUGUAACCUCAAUUAUUACCGAUAUGCUUCAAUGGCCGCAUAGGAUCGUUGUUCCCCUUGGUGGUACACCUGUCGAUACGAGUGAUCUGGAGCUUAAACCACAAGGGAAGCUCACAUUUACAAUUGUGAAGGCAAAUAAUUUGAAGAAUAUGGAAAUGAUGGGAAAGUCCGAUCCUUAUGCUGUUGCAUUCGUUCGGCCACUAGAAAAGUUCAGAACACAAGUCAUCGAAAACAAUUUGAAUCCCGUUUGGAAUGAAACAUUUCAUCUCAGUGUAGAAGACAAAGAUACCCAAUUUGCCGUAGUCGAGGUUUUUGAUGAAGAUAUUGGAGCCGACCAACGAUUGGGCAUAGCAAAAUUACCGUUGGUUGAUCUUCAACCUGAAAUUGAGAAAGAAAUUCAGUUGAGACUACAACCUUCACUUGAUACGGUCAAGGUCAAAGAUAAGAAGGAUAGAGGAACUAUAACAAUCAAGGUCAAGUAUCAUCACUUCACCAAAGAAGAACAAGAUGCAGCCUUAGCGGAAGAGAAGAAGAUGCUUGAAGAGAAAGAGAAACAAAGAGAUGAAGGCAAGAUUAAUAGUACCAUGGACGCCGUUCAUGAUUCUACACACGUGGAGGGAUGA